AAGGAAAAACAGAAAGGACGAAAGAUGCCAUCAACAAGGAGCCAACAUCCAAAUCAUUGUUUCUAACUAUUCAAAAAUCAAAUGAAAGGAAAGGAGCAAAUCCCUAUGCCACUAUAAAAUUCAUGUUUUCAAGACUCAUUAUCACUCUAUAA